AAGUCCGCCAGCAGUGGAGGUGCGAGAUGAUGUUCUCCUGGUAGUUGAGAUCGGUCCAGAACUGGAAGGGCUGGAUGGGGAACCGAGCUGCUCAGUUUGUAGCUGCAUGUCUGAUCUGCGCCGUGGGAGCGGAGGACGGGGGAGGAUGGUCACUGCCUGCAGACCUCAGUUUAGGAGAUGAAGGAACCUGUACCAUCGAGGUUCUGGACGGAUCAGAACUGUCUCACCAGCAGUUCAUUGAAAGAUAUGCAUUCAGCAGACCAGUUGUCCUCAGAGGUCUCACCAACAACACGAAAUUCCAGCAUUUGUGCUCCAAGUCCAGUUUGCUGGAAAAGUACGGGUCCCUGAAAGUGAGGCUGAGUACUGCCAACACGCACUCGUACAGGAAAGUGGACGUUCUCCUCCAGGAGUACGUAGAUGAGUUCCUGAGGCCUCAGUCUGAAGACGCCCUCGGCAGCGAGACGCUGUAUUUCUUUGGAGACAACAACUUCACCGAGUGGCAGAACCUGUUUGAUCAGUAUGAGUCUCCACCGUACGUCCUGCCGGACACAACCGGAGCGUACAGUUUUGGGAUUGCAGGCCCUGGAACAGGAGUCCCUUUUCACUGGCAUGGUCCUGGAUACUCAGAAGUCAUCUAUGGAAGAAAGCGGUGGUUCCUCUAUCCGCCGGAAAAGGAGCCUCAUUUCCACCCGAACCGCACCACCCUGUCCUGGGUGACAGAAACAUAUCCCUACCUGCCGGAGGAGGAGGCUCCGCUGGAGUGCACGAUCCGGCCCGGAGAGGUUCUGUUCUUUCCAGACCGCUGGUGGCAUGCCACCCUCAACCUGGACACCAGUGUCUUCAUCUCCACCUUUCUGGGCUGAGCUUCAUCUACAGGGGAUUUCUUAAAGCAUUCCUCCAAACAGUUCUGUCUGCCGGCUGACAGGAAGGGAAACCUAACAGGAAUCAGAUUUAGGCUCAACUGUACUCAAAGGGCCAAUUUCUAUUCUUCAUUUCAAGUUUUAACCACUCCACUUUUGUCAUUUCUGGGGCAUUUAUGCUAUUUCAUACGGCGUUAACAAAUAUAUUUUUGUGUGUUUAAAGCAAAAACUGUGUUGGAGGAAAUGCUUCUCUGGAAAAUAAAGAUUUUGGACAAUAAGGCAAAACUCUGCCUUAUUGUUUUAAAUAAGCUAGAA